GUUGCUUGUUGGUUGUUGUAGUAACCGGGGAAGCCACCUUCGGCGGCUGCCGUGAGCCCCGCUGCGGAAGAAGAAGGGAGGUAGGAGCCGAGCGCGGUCCCCGCCUGCCCGCCCCCCGAGCCAUGGGAAAAUGAGACAGGAAUCUGUGCCACCCAAAUUGUCUGAUCCAGUGAAUCUGCAAGAAAAGGUCUGUGAGGCCCCCAGUCUGCUGACUGCAUGACAAACUCUAAAGGAAAUGCCUAUCGUGAUGGCCCGGGACCUGGAGGAAACAGCAUCAUCCUCAGAGGAUGAGGAGGUGGUAAGCCAAGAGGAUCAUCCAUGUAUCAUGUGGACCGGAGGCUGCAGGAGAAUUCCAGUUUUGGUAUUCCAUGCUGAGGCUAUUCUCACAAAGGACAACAACAUUCGAGGAAUUGGAGGUAGGUCUAACAUCUCCUAUAGAAGGCAGAGUUGGCAGGACCCUCACAUGACCCUGGAAAAAAUUAAUAAGACACAGAGAAAAGGCCUUGGCCAUCAGAAAAAUCUAUUGAGUUCCCAUACUUAUUGGGCUACUGUUGUUCACCCAAGCAGCACAGACUAUAACCUGAUGUGGACAGGAUCCCACCUGAAACCCUUCUUACUUCGCACCCUCUCUGAAGCACAAAAGGUUAAUCACUUUCCCAGGUCUUAUGAACUAACCCGAAAGGACAGACUGUACAAAAACGUCAUUCGGAUGCAGCAUACGCAUGGAUUCAAGGCUUUCCACAUCCUCCCUCAGACCUUCCUCUUGCCAGCUGAGUACGCGGAAUUUUGUAAUUCAUAUUCAAAGGACCGGGGACCUUGGAUAGUUAAACCAGUGGCCUCUUCUAGGGGGCGUGGCGUCUACUUGAUCAACAAUCCAAACCAGAUUUCCCUGGAAGAGAAUAUCCUGGUCUCCCGUUAUAUUAACAACCCCCUGCUCAUAGAUGACUUCAAGUUUGACGUGCGCCUCUAUGUGCUCGUGACUUCCUAUGAUCCUCUUGUCAUCUAUCUCUAUGAAGAAGGAUUGGCUAGGUUUGCCACUGUACGAUAUGACCAAGGAGCAAAGAACAUUCGGAAUCAGUUCAUGCACCUUACAAACUACAGUGUGAAUAAGAAGAGUGGAGACUAUGUGAGUUGUGAUGAUCCAGAUGUGGAAGAUUAUGGGAACAAAUGGAGCAUGAGUGCUAUGCUUAGAUACCUGAAACAAGAAGGCAGAGAUACAACUGCAUUGAUGGCCCAUGUGGAAGACCUCAUCAUUAAGACUAUAAUAUCUGCUGAACUAGCUAUUGCUACAGCCUGUAAAACCUUUGUUCCUUAUCGCAGCAGUUGUUUUGAACUGUAUGGCUUCGACGUGCUCAUAGAUUCUACUCUGAAGCCAUGGUUGUUAGAAGUGAAUCUCUCUCCUUCUUUGGCCUGUGAUGCACCUCUGGACCUAAAGAUUAAAGCCAGUAUGAUUUCAGAUAUGUUCACUGUUGUAGGAUUUGUAUGCCAAGAUCCUGCCCAGCGGGCAACAACCCGGCCAAUUUAUCCCACCUUUGAGUCUUCCAGGCGAAAUCCAUUCCAGAAACCUCAGCGUUCCCGUCCACUCUCUGCCAGUGAUGCAGAAAUGAAAAACCUUGUGAGCUCAAGCCGGGAGAAAAUGCUGGGGAAGUUAGGUGGUUCUGUGCUUGGGCUGUCUAUGGAGGAGAUCAAAGUUUUACGGAGGGUAAAGGAGGAAAAUGAUCGGAGAGGUGGAUUUAUUCGCAUAUUUCCUACAUCUGAGACAUGGGAAUUAUAUGGGUCCUACCUCGAACACAAAACCUCUAUGAAUUAUAUGCUAGCAACACGGCUCUUCCAGGACAGAACGAUUACUGAUGGAACACCAGAACUGAAGGUAGAGAGCAUGAAUUCAAAGGCCACGCUGCAUGCUGCUCUUUAUGAGAGGAAGCUCCUGUCUCUGGAGGUGCGAAAACGUAGACGACGGAGUGGCAGAAUGAGGGCAAUAAGGCCAAAAUACCCAGAAUCAUUUGACAGAGUGCAGGCCCGAUUAGCAUUCUCUGCCUAUCUCCAGCAUGUGCAAAUUCGCCUGACAAAAGACAAUGGAGAUCAGACACUCAGUGCCAGUUGGGCUGCCAAAGAGGAUGAACAGAUGGAGCUGGUAGUUCGUUUUCUCAAGCGAGCAUCAAGUAACCUCCAGCAUUCACUGAGGAUGAUACUACCCAGUCGACGAUUAGCACUUCUGGAACGCAGAAGAAUCCUUGCUCACCAACUAGGUGACUUUAUCCUUGUGUACAACAAGGAAACAGAACAAAUGGCUGAAAAGAAAUCAAAGAAAAAAUUUGAAGAAGAGGAGGAGGAUGGAGUGAAUGCAGAAAACUUCCAAGACUUCAUCACACAAGCCAGUGAGGCUGAACUGGAAGAGGUGUUAACUUUUUAUACCCAAAAAAACAAAUCUGCGAGUGUCUUCCUGGGGACUCACUCUAAAAGUUCUAAGAACCGAAAUAGUUAUUCUGAUAGUGGGGCAAAAGGUGAUCACCCUGAGACAACACAAGAAGUGAAAAUAAAGCAGCCCAAACAGCAACAGGUCACAGAGAUUCACUCUGAUAAAUUAUCUCGAUUUACCACUUCAGCAGGAAAAGAGGCUAAAUUAGUCUAUACCAAUUGUUCCUCUGCUUCUUUCUCUGGUCCUGCUGCUACUCUUCUGCAGAAACUUCCCAGCACCCAUUUGUCAUCUAUGAAAAACUCUGCCCUCUCACCAGGGCCUGUCCACUUUUCUUUGUCUCAGAUUCCUUCAGCUAUCCUCAGCAUGCCUCACCAGCCAACAGUUUUACUGAACCCAGUCCCUGACAGUGCUUCUUUCUCCAUACAUCCUGGGACAGAGAACCUACCAAGCCCCGCUGGCCUGCCACGCUGUCGAUCAGGCAGUUACACCUCUGGCCCCUUUUCCUCUUUCCAAAGUGCUGCACAAAUCUAUAGCCAGAAACUGUCUCGUUCCUCUUCAGCAAAGGCAGGUUUAUGCCAUCCUCACAAGCAUCAUUCAGGAGUAGCCAAAACACAAAAAGAAGGAGACGAUGGUUUCUACAACAAACGGUACAACCAAACUCUGGUUACAGCUGAACUCCAGAGGCUGGCUGAGAAACAGGCAGCAAGGCAGUAUUCUCCCGCCAGCCACAUCAGUCUCCUCUCUCAACAGGUAGCAAACCUGAAUUUGGCAAGUGCCGUCUUAAAUAGAAGCAGUGCUUCAACUCCCCCCACCCUCCGACCUCUCAUCAGUCCGAGUGGGCCAACGUGGUCGAUGCAGACAGACCCUCUUGCUCUUGAGAACCCUUCAAGCCCCAUUGGAAGCAGGAGCCUCCAAACAGGUGGCCUUGCCUGGGAAGGAGAAGUAGAAAACAACGCAUAUAGCAAGGCUACAGGGGUGGCCCCCCAGCACAAGUAUCACCCCACAGCAGGCAGUUACCAACUCCAUUUUGCUCUCCAGCAACUUGAACAACAGAAACUUCAGUCCCGGCAGCUUCUGGACCAAAGUCGAGCUCGGCACCAGGCGAUCUUUGGCAACCAAACCUUCCCUAGCUCCAAUUUAUGGACAAUAAAUAAUGGUGCAGGCUGCAGAAUUUCAAGUGCCACAGCUGGUGGCCAGAAGCCAACCACUCUGCCACAAAAAGUGGUGCCACCUCCAAGUUCCUCCUCCCUGCUCCCUAAACCCCCAUCUAAUCACAAACAAAUGCUCAGAAAGGCAACAUCCCAGAGAGCUUCCAAAGGGUCCUCAACAGAAGGGCAGCUGAAUGGACUCCAAAGCAGCCUUAAUCCUGCAGCCUUCAUGCCCACCACCAGCUCCACAGGACCUUUGGAAGCUCCCAAAGUCAUUUUCGCCAGAUCCAAACGCUUACCCCCACGAUCUGGAACCCUUGCUGCAAUUAUAGGACAGAGAAAAGCAAAGUAUGCGUGCUUCUGCUUUACUCCAUCACGACCUGGUCAAGAUGAUAUGGUUUUACUUAAAAAUUCAUCCAUCUCUUUCACAAACCCUGGACUUUGUGAAAAUGAAAACAAACCCAAACCAUUAUGA